AUGGGCAUUCAUUUGAGGCCUCUGUUGAUAUUUGCAGGAUUUAUUCUGGUCCUGCAGUUAUGCCUUACGGUUGAGGCCAGGCCUAAGGAAAACGGCGAUGGUGAUGGCGGUGACGAUGACGACGAUUCCUCGUCGGAGGAGACCGUCGAGGAUUCGGAGGAGGCGCAACGACGUCGUCGCGAUGCCGGCGCCAACAAUUCGAUGGGAGAACGUGCUGGCAUUCCGGGCCUGCCCGAUCCCGCCACCAUUAUCAAGAUAGCCCAACUCUUUCAGUCCGUCGGCGAGCAGAUUGUCCCUAUUCUCCUAGAGGCAGUGCUUCCGGGCAGCGAUCCCGCCGGGGUGCGCUCCGUUCGCGAUUUGCCGCUGCUCAAGAAUCUUAGGCGCACUUUCGAAAUGUAUUCCGAUGAGUUGCAGCUGAAUGACAAUUAAUCCAUCUAUCGAAUUAAACACAUUGUGCACUUUA